AUGACCGGUGCAGAUGGUGAUGUCGCUGAUGCAGGUCAUGCUCGUCCUCAUCCAGCAAUGGUUGGAGGUGGCGACGAUGCACCCCAGUCACUGCACAAAUCCAGUGCAUGCACAAAUGGGCCUGAAUUAGUCGAGAAAUUGCAAUCAAGCCCCCUCCGGAGUUCCAACAGCGAGUUGAUAACCGACACAGUUCUUCGAGAGCAUUUGUUAAGCACAGAAGUCAAGGAUCAAUAUAAUGAGGGACGUUGCUUUGAGGAGGAGGAGCAGGAAGAUGAGUUAGAGAACGAUGAGGACGACGCGCAGGAUGACGAGGAGGAAGGGGAAGAACAAGAAAACGCGUCCCCCAAAGGAAAAAAGCGUGUCCGACUCAAUGCCAACGGCGACUCGCGUCCAGCGGAUUCGCAGCUCAAGGCGGAGAAGCAAGAGAAAACCAAGAGAAAAUCCGAGGACAGACGUUGCCACGGGAUCUUCAUUCCAGGGUCUAUCGUCCGCGUUCAGCUCAAGAAUUUUGUAACCUAUGAUUUUGUGGAGUUCAAGCCUGGCCCCUAUCUAAACAUGAUCUUCGGCCCUAACGCAUGUGCGAUCUGCCUUGGCUUGAACUUCCCUCCCAGCAUAGGCACGGAUUCCGGAUAUAUCGAGAUCGAGCUGAAGGGCCCAAAAGGCAAAGCCAAUCUUGUUAUCAGACGCAGUCUGAAUGCCAGGACGAAGAGCUCGACGUUCACUUUGAACGGCCAAUCUGCUACGGGACGUGAGAUCAACAACCGCAUGGCAGACACCUUCCUUCCUCAGGACAAAGUCUCCGAGUUCGCCCAGAUGACUCCUCAGCAGCUGUUGAGGGAGACCCAAUGUGCCGCGGGCAAUGCCAACCUGACGGCAUGGCACGAUACUCUUAUCAGCUCAGGUAGAGAGUUGAAGAGUAUUCAAGAGCUUCUCACAGCGGAUCACGACCAUCUGAAAACGAUGGAGGAGCGGAACGCCAACCUCGAACGUGAGGUCAAGCGUUUUGAGGAACGUCGUCAAAUUGAGCGUGACCCGUGGGCAGGUCUGACGGUAAAGCAGAUCGAACUGUUGGAGCUAAUCCUGCCAUUCAGAGAGUAUGUGGAGGCCAAAGAGAGGUACGGGACAUUGAAGGAGAAGCAACGCACACUCCAUGAACGUGUCAUGACGCUUCAGAGGAGGAAUGCACCGAUCUUAACAUGCAAGGGGACUCUUGAACGUGAGAUUGAGAACUGUAGCAAACAACGGGAACAGAAGAAGACCUCGACUAGACAAAAGUUUGAUUUGAUUUCCCGAAAGGCACAAGAUAAUGAAAAGAUGGAGCAAAUGUCCAAGGAUCUAAAGAACCAGCUAGAAAACCUCAAAACUGCAGAGAAGAAUCGUCUCCGGGAAAUCCACAAGCUGGUCAAGUCGAUCGGCGAUCAUCAGCAGGAGCUCUCCAAUCCACCGGAGACGGAGGACUUGAAUGAAAUUGAGCGAGAACGCAAACGUGUCUCGGCGGAGCGUGCAAACCUGAACCAUGGUCUGCUCGAAGUGCAAGGGAAGCAGAAGGACAACGUCGCAGAGGAGUCCAAAAUCAAAGCGACAAUCGAUUUGCAGUUACGGAACUUGAAGCAGCUGGAGGAUGCCUCACAUAGAAAGCUCGAGGCGCUGGCAAAAUGGGACCAUGAUUGUGCUGACGCCGUUCACUGGUUGAGGAACAAUCGCCAAAAAUUCAAGAUGGAGGUGUUUGAGCCUCCAAUGUUGUGUCUUACAGUUCCAAACAGCAAUUUUGUUCAUGCAGUCGAGGGGUGUUUCUCCUCCAGUGCCUUGAAGACGUUCAUCGCGCAAUGCGAAGAGGACUAUUCACUGCUGAACCGGAUGCUGAUUGAUACCUCUGAUGCGAUCGGUCGCCUGGCAUGUAUUCAUACUUGGUUCAAAGUUGAUGACGGCCGAGUGCCACCUCCGCCGAUGACUCAAGAAGAGAUGCAUGGGCUGGGUUUUGAUGGUUAUGCAAUCGACUACGUAGACUGUCCCGAGGGACUCAAGUGGUUCCUAAAGGCCAUCGCUCUGAAUCCUCAAGGCGUCGAUCCAACCCGCGCAAUGGAGCUGGUAUCGCGUAUUGGCCCCCGUGGCGAAGGUGGUGGCGCUAGCUAUAUUGUUGGGACCGUCUACAACAAUGUGAGCCGCUCGAAGUACGGCAAGCGCCUUCCGCAGAACACUACGAGAACCAUCUCGCAAGCUAGAAAUCUGGUGUCAGAAGCGAUCGACCAGAAUGUGAAGCGUGGGUAUGAGAUGACCCUCGCUGACUCUCGGGAACAGCUUGCGGCAUGCAAGCAGGCUGUGGAGACACUUGCCGAGGCAGAGGCGGCGAUACGCAAUGAAGAUAGGAAGUUGAAGGCUGAGCUUCAAACGGUUGUCGAACGGAAGGAAGCCGUGGAUAAGGUGACAAAGCGAUUGACGAGCUUGCAGCUUCAGAUCGACCGUGAGCAAAAACAGCUUCAGCAGCUUCAUGUACAGCCUCCUGUCGACAAGCAACGAGCACAGUUAAAGACUGAGCUCGUAUCGUUAGCCAGACAGCGCGCGAGUAUCGUGAAGGAUUAUGUGAAACUGGUCAAAGCUGCUAUUAGAGAGCAAGAGGAGGCGACGAGGCUUGGCUUGCAACAAGCCCAGCUUGCCGCAAACAAGCAAUACCUCGAAGACCUCUACAAGGAGAAGGAGGAAGAGCAACAAAGAGCCCUCGCCGAGUAUCAAGAGGUGAACAAAAAGUACACAGAAGCCAAACAAGAGUCCAAGGCCAAGCUGGCCCUCAGCAAGGCGAAGCUUGAAUCUGUCGACGAUGAGCUUCGCGAACGAUUCAAGGAGAUAGAAGAGAGCGGAGAGUCCAGAGAGAAGAAGUCAGAGCAGAUGUUAGCGGAGUUAGAAGAGAAACGUGCGCAGCUUGACAUGAACCUGCAUACGAAUGCAGGGGUCGUCGAGCAAUACCGAAGGCGCCAAGCUGAGGAUCACUGGCAUCCUGCUCUCGAGGAGCUCAUUUCCAGCAUCGGCAAGAAAUUCUCGGCGGCGUUCGACCGCCUCGGGUGCACCGGUGAGGUUAGAAUCAGCGAGCAUGAAGACUAUGAUAAGUGGGCGAUAGACAUCCUCGUCAAGUUCCGCGACGAGGAGAAGCUGCAGCUUCUGACAGGGGAGUGUCAAUCAGGAGGUGAACGCUCGCUUACGACGAUCUUGUACUUGAUGAGCUUGACAGAGGAGGCUCGCGCGCCAUUCUCUCUCGUCGACGAAAUUAAUCAGGGUAUGGAUCAACGCGCCGAGCGCGCAAUUCAUAACUCCCUCAUCGAAGUAACCUGCAAGGCUGAUAGUGGGCAGUACUUCCUCAUCACACCCAAGCUGCUGCCUGAUCUGGACUACGCAGAGCGUAUGAAGGUGCUAUGCGUGAACAAUGGUGAGUGGCUGCCAGAUGAGACGCGGGUCGGCAACAUGAUGAACAUGAUCGAGGCAUACAAACACUCCAAGGGGUCCAUGUAG